AUGACCAAGACCUUCUCUAUCUUUCACCUUCGUGCCGAGGGCAGUGCCACUGAGCGAUGCCGAGUGCCAGAUCCUGGCAAAACUGCCCGCCAGACGGGGCCGAGGGCCUCCAAUGGAUGUGGGCUCGCCACGACGACUCAACGGAAGUACAGCGACAGUACAAUAGUUAGUCAGAUUCUGGCUUUGUGCAUCACAAUCUCCAGGACCGGGUGCCAAAUCGGUUGCGAUGCUGGGUUAAGCUGUGCAACCCGCUCGUGGAGGCUGACCACAUUGGUGGACAGCGAAGUUGUAUGCUCAGCACAGUGGUGUGGUAUCGGCAAGCCAGAGGAGGGUGUCACAAGAACAUGUCUCGCCAGGGUCAGGGAAGGUGGUGUUGUCGAGAGGUGGUGUCGCCAGGGGACAACAGAGGGUGUUGCCAGGAGUAGGUGUCAACAGGGGACAUCGAAUUGGUGUUGUCACAAAAGGAUGUCGGGAGGGGGCGAGAAGAAGGUGUCGCCAGAAGUGGGUGUCGCCAGGGAAAGGGAAAGGGUAGUGUCUCCAGGGACCAGAAGAGGGUGUUGUGAAAGAUGGUGUCGCCAAGGGACGAAAAGACGGUGCCAGCACAAGGUGGAGUCACCAGGUGAAGGCGGUGUCGUCAGCAGCCUGGACGCGAGUGUUGCUCGAAGGUUGUGUCUGCAGGGAAUGAGAAGAGGGUGUUGUCAAGGUGUAGCCAAAAUUGGGUGCUGCCAGGGCCUCACAGGAUGGCGUCGUCAUCAAAAGUGGUUGGAGACAGGGGACGAUAUGAGGGUGUUGGCAGAUGGUCAUGUAAUGCACCGGUGGCGCGAGGGCCCCUUACCAUGUGACAAAAUGAUCCAGAACUGCGGCCGGCUCUCAUGUGAAGCUUGCAGGACGAGUGGUUAG